CUUCUGGCCGGGGGCGGAUGGCUGGCUCUCCGGGGAUGGAAUCGCGAGCAGGCAGCAUCCGCUGGCAAUUUUCUCCUCUAGGCUCCCGCUGGAAGGAAGGUCCUGCGCCCAGAGACCGGCAGCCCUCCCUCUCGCCUUCUCUGUCCUGGGCUCCUCUCGCAACCCCCGGGCCCAGGGGCCGGCUCGGGCUGGGCGAUCACCGAGCCAGGGGAGGAGGCGCCGGCGGCGGCGGGGGAGCCGAGGAGCGGCCGCCUCGCCGGGGUCCCAUGUGCCCGGGGCUCCGAGGGGGUGCCGGAGCCCGUCCGUCCCGCACAGCAGCGUCCGCUUCUCCCUCCCCGGCUCAGGCCGCUACUGAUCUAUCUCCGGGCGGUGGAUUCUUGUAGCCCUUCCAAGACGCCUGGGGAUCCCUCCUCCUCUUCCUUUUCUCGCCCCCACCCCCACCCCUUUUCGCGCCCGGCAACUUGGGAACCGUUCGCAAAGUUGGUGCUCCGAGAUGGGCUCUGCAGGAGCCGAGGCGUCCGCGGCACAGAAAGGAGGAGAGCAGAGAAGGGAAGGACUUUCCCAGACCCGUGGCCCCUCCGCCCAACGCCUGCCCUCACCCUACUCCCGCGCCCUGCGCCCUAGCUCCCACCCCCACCCCCGCCUCCGGGGAGCAAAGAACGAACAAGGACCCCUGUGUGCGCCUUUGUUCCCUGCGCGCCUCCCUGGCCGGCCUGCCCUGCACCCCCCUCUUUGGGCUGCCUCUCUGAAGCCUCUCCCUGUUCCUCCCCGCCCCUCAACUGCACAUCCUGCUCCUUCGAUGGGUACUGGGGAUCCUUACGACCAAGGAAAAAGCCUCUUUUCCAUUGACUGCCAGGCAGCAGCGAGAGAGGAUCUUCUCCCUUCAGACCAAGUCUGAGUGGCAAGGGUGACCUGGCAGCUGAGCCUCACCGCAAUGUUGCCCAGGAAUGACAUCAGAAAAGAAGCAAAGGGUAUGGGUUUCUAUGGUAACCAGAAUGCCCUGGGCUGCUUAAAAAAAAAUAAUAAAAUAAA